AUGGCCGCCCUCCCCGAAUCCGAAUAUAUGUCCUCUGUCUGGAAAGACGGAAUCUUCGACAAGAAAGUUGUUUUCUGUACGGGUGGAGCCGGCACCAUUUGCUCUGCGCAGGUCAGAGCUCUGGUUAGACUGGGCGCAAAUGCCAUGAUUAUAGGUCGAAAUGUAGAGAAGACAGAGACUAUGGCUAAGAGCAUAGCUACGGCGCGUAAGGGCAGCAAGGUGAUCGGAAUCGGCGCGGUUGAUGUGAGGAAGAUACAAGACUUAGAGGGUGCUGUGGCUAGAUGUGUCAAAGAGUUAGGAGGCAUAGAUUAUGUCAUUGCUGGCGCUGCAGGAAACUUUAUUUCACCGAUAUCUGGACUUUCCUCAAAUGCUUUUAAGACUGUCAUCGACAUCGAUACCAUCGGUUCCUUCAAUACCCUCAAGGCCACCAUGCCUGAACUGCUGAAAUCUGCAAAGAAGAACCCAAAUACCGGGAAAAACCCCUCGACUGGCGGGCGUAUAAUCUUUGUAUCAGCAACUUUUCAUCUCACGGGUAUGCCGCUGCAAGCACAUGCAGCGGUUGCGAAAGCGGGUAUUGAUGCACUCUCGGCAACGACAGCUCUAGAGUAUGGACCCAGAGGAAUAACAUCAAACAUUGUGACCCCCGGGCCAAUUUCCGGUACAGAGGGAAUGGCGCGAUUGGGGAGUAGGGAAGCCGAGGGUGAUGGCAGCGCCUACAAGAAGGUUCCAUUACAAAGAUACGGGCUGGUGAAGGAGAUUGCUGAUGGGACCAUAUACCUUUUUAGUGACGCAGGAAACUAUGUCAACGGCGAGGUUCUAAUAAUUGACGGUGGGGAUUGGCGUUCACCAGGAGCUCCUGGCGGCGCAAAAAAUGCUUAUCCAGACUAUCUCCUCGACGGCACCUUCGAGAGGAAGUCCAAGUUGUAG